GUCGUUGUCAUGACAACAUGACAACAGAGUACCAUCCCACUUUUGAAUAAACGUACAUUUAGACGUUUUGUAUGGGUUAUUGACAAACUGAGCAAUAUUUUCUCAUAAAGCAAAAAUGUCGUUUCUGUUGCUAAUUCUUUUAUUAAAUGGUAUCUAGAAAACAGAAAUAUUACCAAUAACAAAACUUAUCAUUGUGUGUAAACUAUUGAAAUAUAAUUAUACUUUAUUAGAAAAAUAACUGUUUGGUUUAUUUAUACACCAGUUGUUCCUGCUCUCGUUUGUAUGGUUUUUCAUAUGACAAGCUGAAUAGAUACAUCUGACAGUGUUCGCUAAAUCCAAAAGAAAAACGCUUAUACGUAUGACAGAGAUAUUUCCUCAAGUAAUGACGAAUGAUGACUUUAAUUACAGCGUUUUGAAAAAGAAGUAUACUGUCGACAAGAUUAAAGAGGCACUUGAAUUUCUUGAUAAAAACCCAUCGAUACCACCAAAGUGGUUCGUUGGCAGCGCAGAGGCAAAAAACCUUGGCUUAGAUUUAUUAAAUGAUGUUUACAAGCUUUCAAGGAGAAGACGUAUUAAAGAACAUACAAAAAUGGAGGUGGGAGUAGUUGUGGACAAAGAUGAAAUUGGUGAUGUUGAGUCCAAGAGCACUGUGAUUCGAACGCCAUAUAUUCAAGAAGAAGACAAAUCAAAUUAUUGGAUUCCGAUUGAUGUGUUAAACACAAUUUCAAAAAAUGAGAAAGAAAAUUGUAAGAAUUCUGACAGUUGACUUUGUUUUUCUCUUUUUUGCAUUUAAUUAAUACUUUUUUACGGCCAAUAACUUUUAUCCUUCCAUCUG